AUUAUUAUUUUGAUAGAAGUAAAGAGGCGCUUAAGAGAUUAUUUUUUACGUAAAUUGUAUUUGUGCAGUUUGUUUAUAAACCAAUUAUGUAUGUAUUUGAGUUGGUGUGAAAUAUUUAAAAAAUAUUAAGUAAAAACGGAUUUGGUGGGAACACAGGAUAAGAUAUACAAGGAAAAUGUACGAGCUUACAAAUUAUGUUUCUGACACGCAUUCGUUUUAUGAGAAAACAGAUGAAGAACGUCAAAAUGAAAAUAAGAAUGAAAGACCAAAUAAAAAUGUUCCACCAGUAUUUAACAAGAGACUGUUCGUUACUUCUGGCAAUGUGGUUAUCACAAAGGAAGCUAGACGAAUUAUGGCUCGAAAUGCACGAUACAGACCGGAAGAGGACCCUGUUUUAUCGAAGACAGAUUUGCGUACUAUGAGAUCAGUUGUUGAAGGUCUAAAACUUAUUCACAAAGAUCAAGGUCACAUCAAAGAUGCAUUAAGUCAUUGUGUUACCAUGGAAACGUACGAUGCUUUCCAGUACGUUGUAAAGAAACAAUGGGAAGACGUAUUGUCGUGUUACUACAUUGUUCACGGGGCUGCUGAAGUGACGUAUGAUAUGCGUGCUACAUCAUCAAGAGCUGUGUAUCAACCGAAUAUUAUUUAUAGUCAUGGAACUGGAGAAUACCUUGGAAUUGUUAGUUCCGAAGACAGGACAGAAGACAUAGCUCCACCUGCUACUGUAUAUACUAAAGAAUUUUGUGAAUUUCUAAGAAUUGAUCGUGACAAAUUUCACAUAAUAUGUGAAAGAUUCAAAUCUAUUCUCUUAAUGGAAAUAAGACGUUAUGUUUUUGGAAAGUCAGCAAUACUCGCAAAAGUUUCCAGGGAAGUGCGAGAAAAGAUUCUACCUCUUAUUCAAAAAGAAGAAUACUCACCAAAUAAGACCAUUCUACACCAAGAUGAAGUUUCAGAAUAUUUAUACAUUAUUAUUUCUGGUCGAUGUCAGUUGUGUCGAGAAGUUUACAUACCAGAAGCACAGAAGACGGUUACAUUCUACGUAGCUUGCAAAGAACCAGAUGAAAUUUUCGGAGUAGAAGGCGUACUUGACAACGAUCCAAGCAUGAACUCGGUCAUUACAACUAGUCCGACAAUCGUGUACAGAGUUCCAAGAAUUGCAUUUGAUAUUGUUAAUAAAGAAAGUCUAUCAAAGAUAAUUGCAAAACAUAGAGACGAGGAAGUCGAGGAUGUAGAGUUAAUGGACAGAGGCUACUUCAAUUCUGUGUGGAAAAAUUACAAACAUUCAAAAGUGCGAGAGGCACUGAAGGAACAUGGAAAGAUGAAGUAUAUGUGUAAAGAUGCACCAAGUCAUGUAGCUGAAAGACCACCAUCUGCUCUGGAACAACACAAAGAAAAUAUGUACAGAUUUAUUCAGAAAGGAGCAGAAUUUGAACCAUACAGGGUUCGGUCAGCAGUGCAGCGACCAAGGUCUGGUCAUAAACUACCCAAUCGUCCACAGACUGUGGCCAACAUUGAUGUCACGGACAAUGGUGUAGAUGAGGAAGAAUCUGAUAGUUCUGAUGAGGAAACAGAACAGAGUCAGCUAAUUACAAAAGAUCUGGCCAAAACAUUGGACAGUUUUUAUGCUAAGGGAAAACAAAAUAGAAGAUUGUCUAUAUAUAAAAAGCUUCAAGGAAACGAGGAAGAUAUGUUGAAAGCUUUGGACGAAAAUAGUGAACUUGGAAAACAUCUACGAAAAGCAUGGGAAACCCCUGGAGCAGACCAAAAAGACAAGGAUGGUUUCAUGGAAAAUGGAGUUUUGGCCACAAUGGAGUCGGAUGAUAUUGUAAGAAAGGCAAUUGCCAUGGCAGAUAAGAAAGCCACAAGACAAAAGAAACGUUCUUCUAUUGAGGAGGAAGAAUGGAAUACAGUAUUACAUGCAGAAAACAAAAAUGCAAAGUUUAUGGCGGCAGCAAAUAAUAUGCGCGUGAAAAUGCUCCGUAAAAAGAUGGAAGAUCUACAGAAACGGAGAGUUAUCAUGUUUGAAAAACCCAUAAAAUCUCCAAAGGAUGUUGUAGUCAUAGAAGCAGAUCAUAACAAUAAUUUGAGGAAGAAACGAUUCAUGUUGGACAAGCUAUCUGAUAUGGGAACAAGAUCAAAAGAAGAGAAAGCCGCAGGGACUGCUGUUGCUAUGAAAGGAACAAUGUUCAUAACAAAAACUAAACGAAAGGUCUGUCAAUCAAGAACCCAGGACGAUAGUGAUGUCUUAAGUCAGGAAAGAAAAGAUGAAGAUGAAGAAUUUCUCGAAAAGCAUUUAUCCAGACUUAGACCUAGUAGUGCCAUUGUUACCAAAGAAGAACAAACAACCUUUAAAACUACUCAUAAGAAAGGGCCAUCAAGAAGAACUUUAGGUCUAUCAACCAGUUCAAUUAGUUCAUGGACAAGUUCAUCAUCAGGUUACAAAAGUUCACAAACAUCACUCCGCUCAUCCUGACAACUGACUCAUCUAAUUUCUACCAUUAGUGCCAAUAACUGUUUUAUUUUAAAAUGUAAAAUGAAAUCGUCUAAUAAAUAAAUACGCACAUCG